AUGAACAUGUUUUCACAAAAUCAUCAUUCAAGGCAUGCUACUGAUCGAGUGUAUAAGGUUAAUGAUUGGGUAUUUUUGAAACUAUCGCCUUGGAAAGGAGUAGUAAGGUUCGGGAAAAAGGGUAAGCUAAGCCCUAGGUACAUCGGACCUUAUCAGAUCACCGAGCGAGUUGGUGAGGUUGCUUACAGGCUUGAGUUGCCUUCAGAACUGUCUAAAGUGCAUAAUGUAUUUCAUGUCUCGAUGCUUCGUCAGUAUGUUGCAGAUCCAUCGCAUGUGAUUCCGGUUCAACCUUUGGAGAUUAGCCCGAAUUUGACUUAUGAUGAAGAACCAGUGACUAUCUUGGAUUGGAAAGAGAAAGUUCUGAGAAAUAAGACGGUGCAGUUG